AUGAUAUCUUCCAACUAUUUCAAGUUUAUAGGUAUUGUAGAUGAGCUUGCAGGAGCAUUAAUAACAGUUUUUAUCAUCUUCGCAACCGUCAGAACAUGUAUAAGGCUGCCACUCUCGCCCUUGUACUCAAUCGCAAUACAAACCUCGAUAACCUUCAUAUCCUUCAUACUAAUAAACUUCAAUACAAUUAUCUUCUUCCUAAACAAGUUUUUUACAGUAUCAUAUAGCACAAAAGGAAGAUUACGCACCUCCAAACUCAUAAGCGACCGCCGUAGAAGGAUAGCCUCAAAAAAGCUAUCCGAAAAUAAAAAUGAUAAAUUAUCGCAACCGGCAGAUCUGGAAGUCUCGGAACCACUUCAAGAAGAUUAUUCAAGUAGCCUACUAAGUUCUCAGCAUUCCUUUUUGCAUAAGUCGUCAUUUUAUCGCUCAUUGACGCUGAGAAGUGACAGGCCUUUUAUCAAAUAUGGGUCUGAAGAUAUCGGAUACAAAGAUAAAACCUUCAUGACAAUGGGAGGAAGAGUGUUUAAUGUAAAAGGAUCAAUAUCAGAAGAGUAUCCAAAGGAAACUAAACUUAAAAGAUUUGUGAAGUGUUUCCGAGCAUGGUUUCAACUACAUUUGGUAAGAACAGUGUUAAUCAGCAAAAUAUGGGUCAUUUCAAGCUUACUGAUAACAAUAUCUUGGUUUGCAGUCUGGGAGUGGGCAGCAAUAUAUAUGGAUAGGGAUGAAAAUGACCACAACCUGUUUCACUGGAGAAUGGAUGCAGUACCAAGAGAAUAUUGGUACCUCGAAUCAGCUUUCCAAAUCAUCUUUGGAAUAACAUAUAUAUUCUCAUUCUACGGGAUUAUUGACCUCACGAUGACACCGGCAAUCACGGAAAUUAUAAUACUGGUCUCACAUUACCAUUUAGAAAAUGACGGAAAACAAAUUCACAAUUUCGGACUUUUAUUCUUCGGGUCCUUGAGGUUCCUGAGGCUUUUCCAAACAGAGUAUUUUAUAAGUAGAAGCUUUACAUGGAUUUCGGAGUUUUAUACAGUUUUUAUCGGGAUCACCGCCUCAAUUCUAGCAUUGAUUUUGUCGUUUUCGGGACUAUUGUUUCUUCUGGAAGCACCAAGAAAGGAUAUUAACUUUGUGAAGCCAUUCGAUUUCAUAUAUUUCUCAGUAGCGACCAUGGCAACAGUUGGAUACGGUGAUUUCAGCCCGGUGACACUUACAGGCCGUUUCCUGUGUGUAUUGUUCAUCAUUUUGUGUGUAACAAUAGCCGCAACGCAGUCGAAGAGAAUAAAACUAUCAACUGCAGAAAACACGCAUAAAAUUGGAACGGGAAAGAUCACCGAAGAAUAUAUAUUCUUUUGGGGUGCAAUCUCAGAUUGGCAACUCCUGACAUUUUGUAAAUGUGUUUAUAACACAUACCAAACCUCAAUUUCAAAUGUAGUUGUAGCUUCUCCCCUCCCACUCAAAUACUAUGAAACUGUUUAUAUGGCAGUGACUCAGAACACUGGAAUAAAACUGAUCAUCUUUGGUGGCUCAUCAACGUUCAACACACCAUCGUAUAUAUCAAAGCUCCUCUUCAACUCCAAACAUACGGUUCUGGUAAACGAUAUGGACGCCAACCUCUCUCCAAAUUUCAAUGAAUAUAUUAUAAACGACGAUAGAAGAGCAAUUCUGAUCGGUAUGGCAACUCUAAACAUAUCAAAGCCGCUGGGGAUUUCAUUAUCAAUACAACUCCACGGCUCAGAAUACAAGCCACUGAUGUCAAAAUCAGAAUUUGAAGAUGUUUUUUACAACAGGGAUUUGAAGUAUAGAAUGUUUUCCUCUAGUGUGUACUGCAGAGGCCUGUUUUAUCUGAUUUCAUCGCUAUUCCACUCACCAACUAAUAUUAGUAGAAGUAAAGUCCACGUUGAGGAAAUGUGUAACUUAUUUUUAUUGACAGAGCAACUCAAUGAAGAACAACCUCAAACGGUUAACAAAACCUCUACAUCAUCAGAAUCAGUGGAAAUUUCAGUUUACAACAUACAGAAACAAAUGGAUGAAUUGUUUCGAGGAAUGAUGUUUCAGCUCUUUAAAAUGAAAUUCCCUAAAUCAGCAUAUGGAUCGACAUUUCAAGAAUUUGGAAAAUAUCUGUACACAGAAAGGAAUAUAUUUCUGAUAGGGAUAGUGUUGUCAAAUAACGAAUGUGUAUUGAACCCAGUUCAAUACAUCAUAGGAGAGAAUGACGAGGAAUGCUACGCACUCGUAAUUGCAGAGUCAUUGGCAGAGGUUGUCGUCGCGUCUACAGCAAAGUAUACCCCAGAAGAACAUGAAAUUAAAAAACCACACUCUUUCGCCAAUAAAAAGAGAUCACAUUCAAUGUCACACCUGUCAUUCAUAAGGGAGUCGGGAUCUCUGGAAAACUUGGUGAAGUAUAGAGGUAUAUAUUCAGUACAUAGCUACUAUUACGCACAACAAAAUGUAUUCGAAAACCACCAGUUCGUACUGGUGUGCGGUUGGCCAUAUGAUUUGAAGGUUUUUCUAAGUUAUCUGCUGAAGGACAGCAGUUACAAUGUAGUAAUCCUGGCCCCAAGUGAGUCCGUGGAGGAAGAGGAGCCGUGGACACUGGAAGAGUAUUGUGACAAAGUGGUGUACAUGGAUGGAUCGCCGAUGGAUAUUACAUAUCUAACUAACGCAGGGAUAAGAGAAGCAUCAUGUAUAAUAGUAUUCAAUUUUCACCAUACGAGGGAUAAAGGAAGAAGAGAGAACCUAUCAAAAGACUCACAAGUGUUGUUUGUAAACAGACUAGUUCAUGAAAUAAUGGAUGAUGAGAAGGACACAAAGUCAACGCUGAACAUAAUACUAGAUGUGUCACACGCAUCAUGUCUGGAGUAUGUCGACCCCUCAUUGAUAGUAAAUGUGGACGUCACAUCUAAGGACUACGUCCAAAACAAGUGUUGGGAAAACUACGGAGAGUUCAUGUCAAGCUACGAGAUCGCCUCAGGGUGUAUAUUCGUCCAGGACAUGUUCUACUCAAUUCUGGCGCACUCUAACUCAAAGUCGGAAUACUCCGUAGUUCACAAGUCGGUAGAAUCAAUGUUAGAAGGUGGAAGACUUGAGACUGAAAAUUAUAAAAUAAAUGGAGGAACAAUAACACUGGAAAAUGUGCCCAUGACAUUCUACGGCAGAAACUUCGGGAUGCUCUUCAAAUACUAUCUGUCAUCGGAACAAAAGAUAUGUGUAGGCAUACUGAGGACAUAUCAAAUCCCGUUCGCCAACAACGACCUCAAACAAUUCAUCAUCGUGGCCCCACAGCAAUACCUUGUUAUACACCCUAAUGAUCAGGUUUACGUCGUAACAAGGUCAGAACUGUCCGUUUGA